AUGAUAGCAUCAGAAGAACCACCAAUCACAUCUGACGACGACCAAGUUGAUCAAACAAUCUCAACUACCACCACUGCCACAACCACCACACAAAAAUCAUCACCAUCCUUGUCAUCGGAUAAAGAUAUUGAAAAUGGAUCACUAUUAAAGUAUGCAGCAGAAUCUGAUGAUUUCGAAGCAGUCAAACGUAUGAUUGAAAAGGAGAAAAUCAGUCCAAAUCAAAAGGACAAGUUUGGUGAUUUACCACUUCAUGGUGCCAUCGUCAAAGGAAGAGCUAGAGCUGAUCCAAACAUUGGAAAUGGAGUAGGAUCAACAUCUUUACAUAAAUUAGUUACGGUUGCAUCGAUUAGAGAUCAAUUUGAUAUGAUUGAUUGUUUGAUCAAGGCUGGUGCCGACCCAACCAUCAAGAAUGUUUCCGGAUUGAUUCCAGAGCAAUUGGCAAUCUUUUCAAAGAUUAAAGAGGUGUUGCAAGGUGACCAACUAGUCACGGUCAAGGUACACGUUGAACGUGUCGAUCAUGGAAAGGUGAUUGGAAAGGGUGGCAAGAAGUUGAACGAGUUGCGUGAACUCACCAACACACAGAUCAAUAUCCCCGGUAUCAAAGAUACCGACCAUCGUAUUGAAAUCAAGGGUAGAAAGGAUGAUGUAGAGAUUGCACGUCAAAGAAUACUGGAAAUGAUCAAGCCCAAGGAACCAAAAAAGAAGAUGGUAGAGGCUGAGCCUGAAGGCGACGAAAUCACCUUGCUCAAGGUCCCCAACAUUGCCAAAGAGAAUCACCGUCUCAUUAUUGGUAGUGGAGGUAGCACCAUCAAACGUCUUCGUGAAGAAUUCAAGGUAAAGAUUACUAUCCCACCACCCGACAGUGCCAACACUGCCGUUGAAAUUCAAGGUGACAUUGAUAAUGUAACAAAGGCAAUGCAAGAAAUCAACAAAAUAAUCAAGAAUACAAAGGAAAAGAAAGAUAAAGAUAAUAAUCAUAAUAAUAAUAAUACAAAGGAUAAAGAUAGUAAUGGUCAUCAUCAUCACCGUGAAUCUAAAGAUAAUAAUAAUAAUAAUAAUAGGGAUAAAAAUAGAUCAAAUAAUAAUAAUAAUAAUGGAGCAAUUAAAUCAAAUGGUAGUAGAACAAAUGGAAAUGGAAAUGGAGGAUUUAAAAAAGAGGAGAAAAAGAAAAAUGAAUCAAAUAAUCAAGAACAGCAAGAACAACAACAAAAACAACAAGAACAAACUCCAGUAGUAGUAUCUUCAGAGGCAGUAGAAGUCAAUUCAAAUUAA